CACACGGCGAGCACAGAGCAGUUUGGUUGUGUUGUGUCCUGCGUCCGUCCAGCGUCCAGCCAACGGCGCACGUUCCGGGUCGACGGUUCCCUUUUACCACCCGGCCCAAAGCACGGCACCAUCCACCAAAUUUCUGGUGCUCUCGGCAGUGACCGACCGACCGUCAAGGAAGGGCCGUGAUUCGCAGUAAAACCCUCUGCUAGAGACCGGAAUGGGGAACGAAAAGAAGGACCCGGGUGGGGUCGGACUGCAGAUCGAGUCACCGUCGCCGGUACCGUCGCACGGCGCUGGAUCGGCCGCGUUCAACAUGAUCACCAACAUCAAUCUGCCCGUACCGCUGUCGCUCGAGGAGAAAAAGUUUCUCCUCGCGGUCGAGCGGGGCGACAUGGCGAGCGUCAAGCGAAUCCUCCAGCGGGCCCACCGGAAGCGCAAUGUGAACGUCAACUGUGUUGAUUCGCUGGGGCGAGGUGCGCUGACGCUGGCCAUCGAGAAUGAGAACCUCGAGAUGGUUGAACUGCUGGUGGUCAUGAACGUCGACACCAAGGACGCAUUGCUGCUGGCGAUCAACGCGGAGUUCGUCGAAGCGGUCGAGCUGCUGCUCGAGCACGAGGAGCUGAUUCACAAGGAUGGAGAACCAUACAGCUGGCAACGGGUGGACAUUAACACGGCAAUGUUCACACCGGACGUCACACCGCUGAUGCUCGCCGCUCACAAGAACAACUACGAGAUCCUCAAGAUUCUGCUCGAUCGCGGAGCCACUCUACCGAUGCCACACGACGUAAAGUGCGGUUGUGAUGAGUGUAUCCGUCGGUCGUCGGAAGACUCGCUACGCCACUCGUUGGCUCGGGUUAACGAGUACCGGGCGUUAGCGAGCCCUUCCCUAAUUGCGCUCAGCUCGCAAGAUCCACUGUUGACGGCUUUCCAGUUGUCCUGGGAGCUGCGCAACCUGGCGUUCGCCGAGCAGGAGUGUAAAUCGCAGUACCUGGAGCUGCGCCACCAGUGUCAGAACUUUGCCGUUGAGCUGCUGGACCAAUCGCGCAGCUCGCAAGAGUUGGCCAUCAUCCUGAACUACGACCCCGAGUCGCCCCCGUACAUGGACGGCGAUCACAUGAAGCUGACCCGGCUCGAGCUGGCGAUCGACUACAAGCAGAAAAAGUUUGUGGCCCACCCGAACAUCCAGCAGCUGCUGGCGGCCAUGUGGUACGAGGGCGUCCCCGGUUUCCGGCGCAAGUCGGCCGCUGAAAAGAUCUUCAUCAUCGUCCGGACGGCGGUACUGUUUCCGAUGUACUGUAUGAUGUACAUGAUCGCGCCCAACUGCGAGACGUCCAUGUUUAUGCGUAAACCGUUCAUGAAGUUCUUGAUCCACGCCUCUUCGUAUCUGUUCUUCCUGUUUCUGCUGAUUUUAGUAUCGCAACGGGCCGAAGUGCAGGUGGUGCUGCUAUUUGGUACCGAGAGCAUGAAACGAGCGCUACAGGAGGAGUUGGCCCGCCAGCGAGGCAACGGGCCAACGUACCUCGAGUGCCUCGUCGUGUUCUACGUGAUCGGGUUCAUCUGGGAGGAAACGCAGGAGAUCUACAUCGAGGGCAUCCGCAGCUAUCUGCGCAACAUGUGGAACUUUAUCGACUUUGCCCGCAACUUCCUGUACUGCUGCGUGGCGCUGUUGCGGAUCGUGGCGUACAUCCAGCAGACGUCGCAGAUUUCGAAAGAUCCUAGCACGGCGUACAUCGCGCGCGAACACUGGGACGACUUCGAUCCGCAGCUGAUCGCCGAGGGGCUGUUUGCUGCGGCCAACAUCUUUUCGGCCCUCAAGCUGGUGCAUCUGUUCUCGAUCAAUCCGCACCUGGGGCCGCUCCAGAUUUCGCUCGGUCGCAUGGUGAUCGAUAUCGUGAAGUUCUUCUUCAUCUACUCGCUCGUCCUGUUUGCGUUCGCCUGCGGUCUCAAUCAGCUGCUGUGGUACUUUGCCGAUUUGGAAAAGUCCAAGUGUUACAGCCUGAAGGGUGGGCUGCCGGACUGGGACAACCAGGGCGAUGCCUGUAUGAAGUGGAGACGGUUUGGAAACCUGUUCGAGUCGUCACAGUCGCUGUUCUGGGCCAGCUUCGGUAUGGUGGGACUGGAAACGUUCGAGCUGGCCGGCAUCAAGUCGUACACGCGCUUCUGGGGCCUGCUGAUGUUCGGCUCGUACAGCGUGAUCAACGUGAUAGUCCUGCUGAACCUGCUCAUCGCCAUGAUGUCCAACUCGUACGCCAUGAUCGACCUACACUCGGACACGGAGUGGAAGUUUGCCCGGACGCGCCUCUGGAUGAGCUACUUCGAGGAGAGCUCUACCCUGCCGCCACCGUUCAACAUCUUCCCCAACAUGAAGCAUCUGAUGCGGCUCUUCGGCAAGAAGAAGAAGCGCGAUCUGAAACGUGAAUCGACCAUCCGUCGCAAAGAGGACAAGGAGCGGGCCGAACGGUACACGAACGUGAUGCGAGCCCUGGUCUGGCGCUACGUAUCGGCCAUGCACCGGCGCAUGGAGCAGGACGCCGUUACCGAGGAUGACAUCAACGAGGUGAAGACGGAGAUCUCGUCCAUGCGCUACGAGCUGCUCGAUAUCUUCGAGAAGAACGGCAUGGACGUGUCGGCCGUCGAUCGCAAGGAGAAAACGGUGCUGGCGAAACGGAUGAAGGUCUGGGAGCGCCGCCUCAUGAAGGACUUCCAGGUGGCCCCGGUCGAGCUGGCCGAGCAGGACGAGGAAGAGGAGGAGGAGGACGCCAACCCACUGGCACGGUUCCGGCGGGUCGCGAAGAAGGUGGCCAACAACACGACUUCGGCCAAGUGGGGCCAGGUUAUGACCGGUGUCGGUGUCGAGAUGAACACUCAGAUCGGACGGUGCCGCAACCGGGACAGCUUCCGGCAGCAGCAGCAGCUGCAGAAAGCGAUGAACGAAGCACGCCGUCUCGUGGAGCGCAGUCCGCUGCCUCAUUCACGCAGCAUGUCGCCACAGGUCGAUAGCUACGCCGACGAAACAACCACCACGCUGCUGAAUCUGCUGAGCCAGCUGGCCGAGGAUGAAGCGUCACCCGGUAACACACUGGUGGCGCACGAUCGCAAGAGCGGAGCGGCGACACCGUUGAACAUGCUGACGGCCCAACUGCAGGCGGCGCUCAGCAAAAACCCUACACCGCGCUCGACGCAAAAGCCUACGAAGCCCAAGCCUGCCGUAGCGGACGCUGGCCUCAAGUCGCCACUUGGUGGUGCCCCCGUGUCCAUCGGUAAAUGCCGUUCACCGGCACCGGCCACUCACCUGGAGGGAAGCCACACGCCGCUUGCCUCCAUCGCCGGCAGCAAAUCACCGUCACCGGAAGGUACUCCGGAUCCGGAGAAGAAGAGCAGUCUGUCAGUCAAGUGCCAGUCACCGCCGGUAAUGUCCCCUCCGCCGGGCAAGCAACCUACUCCACCACCCGGCCCCGUCCAGUCUCCUCCACCGAUGAUCCACAUCACCCGGACCGAGUCGCAGCUGGUGAAGAAGAAGUCCGGCUCGGACGAUAGCCACGAGGACGCGGAUGGUGGCGAAUCGGCUCCGCCACCUCUACCAUCAUCCCCACCGCCGGUGGCCCCUAGCGAGGCCACCGUUGUCCACAGUGACGAUCCGCAGCCACUCGUUUCCGGUGUCAACUCGCCGCCGAAAGUGAUCAAACGGAAGGCUCCGGCACCGAGCGCUUCCGGCGCCGGAGAUGAUAUUGCCGUAGCACGCCCGGUGGCCGCCAAACCACAACCUGGCCAGGGCAUGCUUCCACCACCACCGUCAAAGGAAGAUUUGAUGCCCGCAUCGACUACUACUCCCAGCCUCAGCACCGCUCCGGCCACUCCGCUUCCUCCCCAGAAACCGAAGAGUGCUGCUCCGCGGCCACCGUCUCCGGUGCCGCCACCGAAACCGACGUCUCCUCCGCUGGUGCCCAUCAUUAAGCAGGACCUGGCGCCGGCCCAAGCCGGUGGCAGCAAGGAAUCGUUGGCCGUUGGCGGCACCACGGAUGCGUCGACUGGCGCUGCCUCGCCGACCUGCCUGCGCCCGUACCGGAAGGUGGAGGACGUGGCCACGAUUAAACGGCAACCCAAGAGCGGUUGGCUGUAGACGCCGUGUGAUAACCAUUGAAUCGACAGGAUCCUAAAACGACCCAAGACAGAGAGAGAGAGAGAGAGAGAGAGAGAGAGAGAGAGAGAGAGAGAGAGAGAGAGAGAGCGUGAGAGAGAAGCAGCGGUAGGUGUGUGUUUGGUGACCCGCCGGAUUGGCCGGAUUCUGAUUCCUAUUGAACUUAUUUGCUGUGUUGUGUAUGUAAACGACUACCAAUAAAGAGGAAGGCAUCUUUUGCGAGGACCUCAACCAGA